CCUAAAUUUUGAUUGUAGAUGACAUGAGGGGAGGCUUUAAUAAGGUCCACCACAUCUCUCUAGGGGCGCAGCACAGCAGGAACUCAUCAAGUAAUUGUGUUGAAGAUCGACAUCCAUAUCCAUGGCAAUCGAGGCAUGGUUUAUGAACGAGAACACCACCACCGAAGAAGAAGAUCAGAGGCUUCCUCAUCAUCAGAAUCCCCAGAAAUUGGUGUCUCUGGAAUACUUGGCAGAUCUGGGAAUCCUUUACUGGAAGUUGAAUCCAGAGAAUUACGAAAAGGACCAAGAUUUGGAGAAAAUAAGGGAGAGCAGGGGAUAUAAUUACAUGGAUGUGUUGGAUCUGUGUCGUCCAGCAGAAGAGAAUGAGAUGGAGAAUUACUGGCAGAAGCUGAAGAAUUUCUACAGGGAGCACAUACACGGGGACGAGGAGAUUCGUUACUGCCUGGGAGGGAGUGGAUAUUUUGAUGUACGAGACAAGCAGGACCGUUGGAUUCGAAUCUGGAUGAAGCCCGGCGAUCUCAUCGUCCUCCCAGCCGGGAUAUAUCACCGAUUCACAUUGGACACCUCUAACUACGUAAAGGAUGCCAGGGAGGAAGUCUUACAAGCUUGGUACAUGGAUGACAGUGAUGAAGACCAGAGGCUGCCACAUCACCGGGAGCCAAAGCAAUUUGUAUCAUUUGAUCAGCUUGCAGAACUUGGAGUUCUUAGCUGGAGUUUGGAUGCUGAUAACUAUGAAACAGAUGAAGAACUAAAGAAGAUUCGUAAAGAACGUGGAUAUUCCUACGUGGAUUUUUGUGAGGUGUGUCCAGAAAAGCUUCCAAACUAUGAAGAGAAAAUCAAGAACUUCUUUGAAGAACAUCUUCAUACUGAUGAGGAGAUUCGCUAUUGUGUGGCAGGAAGUGGCUAUUUUGAUGUGAGGGAUCGCAAUGAAGCUUGGAUUCGAGUUUGGGUGAAGAAGGGGGGAAUGAUUGUCUUACCUGCUGGGAUUUAUCACCGAUUUACCCUUGAUACAGACAAUUACAUCAAGGCAAUGAGGCUAUUCAUUGGCGAUCCAAUAUGGACACCCUAUAAUCGCCCUCAUGAUCAUCUCCCUGCCAGGAAGCAAUACACGGAAGCAUUCUUGGAGACAGAAGCAGCCGUUAAUGCUGCAGCUUGAAAUCUGGUUUUCAACAUUGUGUGUCUUGUAAUAUUAAUGAGUAGUAAAACCCUUUGUUUGAUGAAGGUGAUGAUGAUAUGUGGCUUAUACACUUGUUGAAAUUACAAUAUAACUAUAUAUUUGAAUAAGACAAGGUGUUGCUGCCUUGUUGACAUAUGAUAUAUUAUUGGGCAUGCGUAUGUUUUCUUUCA